UUCCCUGUACCCGGAAGUGUUCGGCAUUCUUCCGCGAAGGCUUUUUCAAAAUGUGUUAUUUUCUAGUGGAUUAAAACGCAAGGAAGCCAUGGAGUCAGAAAAAACUGAGAGCCCGCUGUCAAGCCAAGUGGAGAACUUCAGCUCCAUCCGGGAGCGCACCAUUGCAGAGAACAGCAUGGUGGUGCUUCUCCAGGGCCUGCGAGGGGAGGUGACCACGGUGGACCUGAGGAACGAGAGCACUGCACGGGGCCGGGUGGUCAACGUGGACGCCUUCAUGAACGUACGCCUGGAGGAGGUGGUCUACCGUGACAGCAAGGGUCGCCAAACUCACUUGCAGGAUCUCUUCAUCACCGGUCGAAACAUCCGAUACGUUCAUAUCCCUGACCACAUGGACAUCAUGAAGACUAUACAGGGUCAGCUGGCCAAGAUCCACCGUGUCCGUAAUUUUGGAAAAGAGGGAGGAGGCAGAAAGGAGUAUGCCAAGAAGAAGACAAACUAAAUGAACUGAAGCUUUUUGAGUUUAUUUCUAAUAAAAAUAAAGCUUUAAUGAUAUAAAAUAA